CUACCCGAACCCUACUCCCCGCCGCGCUCCGGCGGCGGGGCGGCGGCCGCCACCACGAGCGUCCACGUGACCGCCCUGGACGGCCUGGUGAACGUGAACUCCCUCUUCACCAUCGCCGUCUUCGUCGGCCUCUCCCUGGCGACGCCGGGGCAGCACAGCCUCGAGAACCCCUCCGCCUGCGACGCCGGCGUCGACGUGGCGAAGAAGCUGCUGGUCUUCGAGGUGGUGUCGUUCAGCUUCUUCCUCUUCUCGUCGCUGGUGGCGCAGGGCUUGAAAUUGGCCAUCAAUUUGCUCAAUAGCAAGGACGUGGACGAGAUUUUUAGGGCUCACAUCAAUCUGAAGGUGCUCAGAUUCGGGAUGAUGGCGUCGGCGAUCGGAUCGGUGAUGGGGUGCUUGUUCCUGAUGCUGUCGAUGGUGAACGUGAUCCAGAUUAGGCUCGGGAUGCUGUCGUGUGGGAGCCGAUCGGCCGUCCACGCCGUCACGGCGUUGAUUGUUUUGGUCACUUCCGCUCUGCUUGUUUACAUCUCCACCGCCGUCUAUGCUUUCCUGCACUGAGCGGGACGGCGGCGCUGGUGUCACUGUUACAUCUCGUGUUUUUAAUUCAUGCGUUUUGGUUGAUCAUGGUGGAACAUGAGAUGGAUGAAAGGGGACUUUUUUUUUAGCCUUUAA